AUGACUUUGGAAAAUAACUGUAAUGUUAUUGUCAUGAUAACCAGAGAGGUAGAAGAUGGAGUUAUCGAAUGCCACCAUUACUGGCCCAUUUCUACGAAGAAGCCUUUGGAAUUGAAAAGCUGUCGUGUCUUCCUGGAGAACUACCAGAUACUUCAGAAUUUCGUCGUUCGAAUAUUUCAAGUUGUCAGGAAGUCCACAGAAACUAGUCACUUUGUAAAACACUUGCAGUUCACCAAGUGGCCAGACCAUGGCACUCCUGCCUCAGCAGAAGGUUUCAUAAAGUAUGUUCGUUAUGUGAGGAAGAGCGACGUUACAGGACCCGUCCUUGAUCACUGCAGUGCUGGCGUGGGCCGGACAGGGGUGUUCCUCUGCGUGGAUGUUGUGUUCUGUGCCAUUGAAAGGAACUUCCCAUUCAACACCAUGAAUAUAGUGGGCCAAAUGAGAGAACAACGUUAUAGAAUGAUCCAUACAAAGGAGCAGUAUACCUUUUGGUAUAAAAUUGUGCAUGAAAUUCUUAAUAAGCUUCUGACUUUAAAGUAAGAAAGACUUCUGUUGCCUCACACUUGAAAUUACCAAAUAGCUUGGAGCUUCCUCACAAAGAAUAUGUUCAAGCUGUGCUGAAGGGCUUGCUCCUGCAAAUGUGCUUUCUUGG